AUGGAAUACGCUACGUACGAGUCGCGGCUUGCGACCUUCGAGCCACCUUCAAAGCGAUCAAAGCUAGGAUGGCCACACAAGACCCCAACGCCAGAAGAACUCGCUCGAGCUGGCUUCUACUACAAACCCUCUAGUGCCAGCAAUGAUAACACCAUCUGCUACCUUUGCGAAAGACAACUUGAUGGCUGGGAGCCGGAUGACGAUCCGAUAGGAGAACAUUUAAAACAUUCAAGCGACUGCGGUUGGGCGAUUUUGAUGAGCACCGCACAAGAUGCGAAACAAAACACCAGCACGUUGGAAGACCCUACGGACCAGCUGUAUGCAGACGCACGUCGAGCCACCUUCGCCAUCGGAUGGCCACAUGAGCCCAAAAGAGGUUGGAAGUGUAAGGUAGAAAAGAUGGUGGAAGCAGGGUGGCACUUUGCACCGCUACCAGAAAGCGAGGAUUAUGUGUCCUGCGUAUACUGCAAAUUGUCCCUUGAUGGCUGGGAACCAAAGGAUGACCCUUUUGACGAACACUAUCGGCGGUCGCCAAGUUGUCCUUUUUUCCAUUUUGCAGGAACCACCGCACCAGCAAAGCGGCCAAAAGCAAAGAAAGGCCGCACAUCAAGAGCGUCACGUUCAUCAAAGGCCUCAGUGCGGCUGUCAACACAGUCCAAUACGCAAGACUUGACCUCUCUGUCAGAAGCCCCGAGCACUGCCAAUGAUUUAAUACCAGACCUCGAUGACUCUAUAGAUACAAGCAACAUGUCGGUCAUGUCGGUCAUGUCAACGGCAUCAACUGCUACCACUAAAGCUAAGCGGAAAGCUGCCGGUGGCCGAUCGAAAGCAACGAAAUCAAAGAGAACAAAAACCACCAGAUCAACACGGACGAAGAAGGAAGAAUCCCAAUCUGGACCAGAGGCAAUGAAUGAAAUAGAAAUUCUUGCGGAAAGCGUGCAUGAGCCAGUCGCAACGCAUGCUCACGAGGUGGCUCUCGAUCCAGAAGCUCAAUCUCAAGAGCAACACACUCUACCCAGCCCAGCACCUACUCCCCCCGCAGAGGUUUCAUAUCCAAUGCUGAACGAAAACAACACUCCUCCACGGAUUUCCAAUGAGCCUCGUCAUCUAAGUCCUGUUGGCCCACCACCUCAAGCAUCACCAACGCCUGUGAAGACACGCCUGUCCACAUCUGCCGCUAGAACAGCAACACCAAAACCUAAAUCCAGCAAGAUCGAUUCUACUCGUCUCAUAUCGCCGAUGCCAAAAGCUCACAAUAACUCUUCUCCUGCUCCCUCCCCCUCAACUUCAGACAUUGAAAACGCGCCACCCUCUACGCGGCCUGCAUCCGAACGUCCUCCUAUACCUCCCAGCUCAUCCACUCCCAGCCGCCGACUUCCAAUCUCCAGCUCUCCGGGUGAAAGCCCAGGGAUACCAAAAUGGACGCCUGCGGAUAUUGAGUUGAUUUUUACCCCCACAUCGCCGCAGAAGGCCGAUGCGGAUAUAUUGCUUGGCUUGACGGGCGCUCAACUCUCCACAGGCGAGAAGGAUAUGACAGUACAGGGAUGGAUCGAAUACAUUGCUAAGAAGACCGAGGAGGGCCUCAGAGCGGAGGCGGAGCGGGUGGUCGGGAUUUUUGAACACGAGGGGGAGAGAGCCAUGAGCGUUCUCGAAGGGAUCGUCUGUGCCUGA